GUGUGAGCGCACUCGCCAGACAGUUCCGCUCGUCCAAGUCACGGCGAGGAGUAGUGUGUAAGUGCAUGUACAUGUGCGCCUGUGUUUAUGUGUGUGUAAAACAGGGGAAGCUGUCUUUCAUAGGAUCUGUGGGCUACAGCGCGCAUCUCAGGAGUUCGAGCGCAAUGGUUUGAAAUCGACUGGUUUUGUUUUGGGAAAGUACAGAGAAACAUGUAGCCUAACUUAUGGACUAUUUCGGAAGACAGCGGCGAGACUGAAGGAUCUCAAAGUCGGAAAUACUCUACAUCCUGCAAAAGAAGAUCCGAUCCGAUCCGAUCCAAUCCUACUACGUGUUCAUGCUGGUUCCUGCUGGUUCUGGGCCACAUGAGGGCUACUAUCUGUGUUCCACUAUGAUAGCGACGAGGGGCUGUCCUGUCCUGUGAACCUCGGCUGAGACAACACAAGACUGCAACCUGAGAGUAAGGGAGGACCUGUCUCCACUCCCCAGCCCAGGCAGUGGACUCCUGGCAUGCACCGCCUACCCGCUCCCCCUGUUUCGCUCAGGCCUCCAGGAGACAACCACUGCCAGUGAGAGUAGAGUGUGAGGAGGCCCUGCUGAGCCGUCGUCAUGGCACUGGUGCAGCCCCCGCCUGCUGUGCCCAGUGACCACCGCCGCCCCGUGACUGCCCCCUCGCCCCCUCCGCCAGACGCCAACGCUGCCAUGGGCUCUGUCAGCAGCCUCAUCGCCAGCCGCACAGCCUUCCCCUCCCGCCCCGGACCGGAGGUCACCGGGGUCAGCGCCCGGCACCACCGCCGACCCACGCACGCCGCCACAGGACGCUACCACCCUCAGGACAUUACCCAUGAGCCUCUGCUGGGUGUGGUGAGCGGUGGCGCCGGCGGGAAGAGGCAGCCGCUGGUGGCGUCGGGACAGACGCAUCGGCACCGGACGUACCUGAGCGACGACUUCCCCGGCGAGGACUGGGAGGAGAGGCACGUCGCGCCCGCACCGCCCAGCCCAGGAAAUGACAUGGAGGAAGUGAUGGGGAGGCCGGCCAGGAGCGGGAGUGAUGGAGCUCCUCCUCGACUCGUACCCGUGUCCGGGAAACUAGAGAGGAACAUUGAGAAGGCCAUCAUCAGACCCACUGCCUUUAAACCCGUUGUGCCCAAGAGCCGCAGCAACAUGCAGUACCUCUCCCCGAGGCUAGGGGGCGCACUCUCGAACAGCCAGGGCAACCUGAACCUUCUGGCGCCAGGCCCGAGUGAGCUGGCGCCCUCUGCAGCCUGUUCGGAGCGGCGCAGCUCCUACAGCGGCAGCCGGAACGGCCUCAUGACCCAGUCGUGUUCAAUCUCGUUGUCCGACUCCGGGAGGAACUCGCUUUCAAGCCUCCCCACCUACAACAGCGCCGGUGGUGGUGGCGCCUACAGCCCUGGUCAAAGCGACGCCUCCGGGGCACCCAUGUCCGACCCGGUCAAGCUGACUUCGAUGCCACCGCCGCCACCCCCACCCCCCAUCAGCCACGGCCACACGAGCUCGGACAGCGGGCGCUCCUCGUCCAGCAAGAGCACGGGCUCCCUGACGGGCAUGGGGGUGCGUAGCGGCGUUGGUGGCGGAGGUGGUGGGGUACCAAUGUCGGAUUGCGGCUCCUGUGGCCGGUCGCCUUCCCAGGCCGAGGCGUACGAGCAGCUGGUCAGGGACCUGGAGGACAAGCUGAGGGAGAGGGACCUGGAGCUGCAGGAGCUCCGGGAAAAUCUGGACGAGAACGAGGUGGCCAUAUGCCAGGUGUACGAGGAGAAGCAGAAGCGCUGCGAGCUGGAGAUGGAGGAGCUGCGGCAGAGCUGCGCGUCGCGCAUGCAGCAGGCCUCGCAGAAGGCCCAGCGCUCCCAGCAGCUGCUGCAGCUGCAGGUCUUCCAGCUGCAGACGGAGAAGAAGAAGCUGCAGGAGGACUUCGGCCACCUCCUGCAGGAGCGCGAGCAGCUGGACGAGCGCUGCGCCAAGUACGAGAGGGAGAAGACCCAGCUGGGGCCGCGCCUCGAGGAGACCAAGUGGGAGGUGUGCCAGAAGUCGGGGGAGAUCUCCCUGCUGAAGCAGCAGCUGAAGGACCUGCAGGCGGAGCUGGCGCAGCGCGUGGGCGAGGUCAUGACCCUGCGCGGGCAGCUGCGGGAGACGCGGGCGGAGCGCGAGGCCGGCCAGGCGCAGCUGCAGGAGGCGCUGGCGUCGGCCCGCACGCGGCAGCUGGAGCUGGAGGUGUGCGAGAACGAGCUGCAGCGGCGCAAGAGCGAGGCCGAGCUGCUGCGGCAGAAGGUGGCGCGGCUCGAGGAGGAGCUGGCCACCCUCAAGGAGGCGCAGCAGGAGGCCGAGGAGGAGGCGCGACGAGCGGCAGGAGCAGCAGCAGGGGCGGUAGCGGGAGCCACCGGGGAGGCGUGGCAGCAGCAGCAGGCGAGCGAGUGCCUGCGCGCCGAGCUGACGUCCGAGCGGCAGCGGCAGUCCGACCAGGUGUCGGCCUUCGAGGAGGAGCGGCGCAGCUGGGAGGAGGAGAAGGAGAAGGUCAUCCGCUACCAGAAGCAGCUGCAGCAGAACUACGUGCAGAUGUACCGCCGCAACCGGCAGCUAGAGGGCGCCCUGCGCGACCUCAGCAUGGAGCUGGAGGCGCGCGAGCUGGACGACGAGGACGACGGCGGCAGCGGCAACGAGAUCAACUUCGACGACGUCACGGCGACUGAGAUUUGAACGCCCCAGCGGGUCACCGCGGUGUCGUCUGACUCUUGUCACUUUGUCUUCCCGCGACCUCCUUAACCCUACUUUCUCUAGAGGUUGAAUCGCUUUACUCUGUUUCCCCCCCGCACACACACACACACACACACAUACACGUAUACACACACACACACACAUACACGUAUACACACACACACACACACACACACACACACACGAACACACACACACACACACAAUCUCUGUCUCACUUACUUUCACUCACUCACUCAUUCACCACCCCCCCUCUUGUAGUUGUCUGGUUCUGUCCUAUUGACCAACAGGGUCUAACUACUAUUGGUGUAGCAUCAGGAAUGCAGAAAAGGACCAAUUGGCAUGGCAGCCAUUUUGGGACUGUUAUUUGCCUGAAACAAAUGCUGCAGGAGAGCUCGGUCUUGGUUUGCCACACAUAGCUACGCAAUCCUCUGCACUUUACUACUUUUUGAACUAGUUUCACGGUCAUACACCAACCAGGUUUAAGACUACAAACUAAUAUUUAACAGUACUUUAAAGAAACAGCAGCAGUUAGUCUAGGACUAAGCCUAGUGGUGUUUCCGAGGUUUAACAGCUGUAUGCUCAUAACCAAUAGCCAUUAGUGUCUCACACACAACUGCACAAGUUUUUUCCCCCACACAGAAACACACACAUAACUGCACAUAGUGAAGAAAAACAAACCUGCAAUGUAUGAGUGGUUAAAGCUUUUUUUUGACCGCCAAGGAUUUUCUUCCCUUUUUUGUAAUAUAAACGAAGGUCCUCCUGAUGAAAGAGAGAUGCCCAUGUCACAGUGCAUUCAUUACCAAGCAUUUAGCACAGUCUUCCUGCAUUCAGUGCAGUUGCGAAGACCAUUAGCUUACCAAUGAAGAGCGUAAUGCCUUGCUAACAAUGAAAACGUAUUCUUUGCCUUGGGUAGGAUGAUAUGGGCUUGAAUCACACUGCCCUGUAUCAUUUGAUUUGAUAUACUGUAUGAUGAUGGGCAAAUUAUGUCCCGUUUAUGGAUGACAGUCUACUAGCUAAGCGUUCAGUAGUAUUUCUCUGUCACCAAAGCAGCAAGUUGUUAAACUGAAAUGAAACUUGAUUCUGGGAAUUUUUUUUUGUUGUUGCAGAAUUAGACGAGAUAUGACGUGCUCUCUAACAUGCAUUUUGCAUGUGUUAAUCGUCAUUUUCUCAUUUUGGAAAAGGUUUCAUUUGUUGAACUGUUCUUUUUAAAUGAUUAUUCGGGAAUUGGAUAUACCUGUUUUAGUCAUCUUAAAGUCGGUGUGUUUCGACCCCAAAGCAACCAAGACUUGUUUCUGUUCCCAAACGACUGUUAGCAUGGGAGGAUCUAAUGGCUAUCUCUUCUGUUGCUAUUGACAAUGAGAAUGUGUAUAUUUACACCUUAUGAAAAAGUAAAUAUAUAAAUAUAUAAAUAAAUGUUUAUGAAGAUAUGCUAGAUUUCUUUAAUGAAUAUUGUAUAUAGAGAUAGGGUAGCCACUGUGAAUAGACCAAGGCAUUGUCACAGCUACUGUUCUAAGGAUCUGUUGUUUUUUGUUUGCCGUUUUCCCCCCUGUUGUUUUUGUUUAAAAUUUUGCGAGUGAAUGUGAUUCAUGGCUUUAUAUUAUAAUUUUUUAUUCACAGUAUUUGUACGAAGUCAUUAUAAUGUAUAUUUUUCAUGUUGUAAAUUUCUUCUACCAACCAAAUUUUUUGUUUAAUAAAAAAAGAAAAAACAUGGCAUAAAUA